AUGACUAUCCAUGGCGAUACGCGUGUGGAUAAUUAUUAUUGGCUCAAUGAGUUUUGGCUGAAAGGCGCCGAUAGCUCAAAGGUCGUGGAUUAUCUCACGCAAGAAAACAAGUAUUUUGAGGAGGGAAUGUCGCAUACUAAGGAUUUUCAGGAUAAGCUUUUCAAGGAAAUCAUGGGUCGCAUAAAGCAAACGGACGAAAGUGUGCCGUAUUUCCAUAAUGGUUAUUGGUAUAUUACGAGGACAGAGGAAGGAAAAGAGUAUGCUACCUACACGCGCCGGAAGGGUACUAUGGAUGCACCGGUGGAGGUGCUCGCUGAUGUGAAUGCGAUGGCGGAGGGGCAUGACUAUUAUGGCUUCGGCGGACUUAAUAUUAGCAAAGAUAAUACUAUAGCUGCUUAUAGUGUGGAUACGUUGAGCCGUAGAAAUUAUGACGUUUAUUUCAAAAAUUUGGUGACCGGGAAGCAUUAUGAAGAUGUAAUACCGAUGACUACGGGCGGUGUGACUUGGGCAAAUGAUAAUAAAACGGUGUUUUAUACGGUGCGCAAUCCGGUGACUUUGCGCAGCGAGAAAAUCAUGCGUCAUACCAUCGGCACCAACCCAAAGGAUGAUGUGGAGGUGUAUUUUGAGCAAGACGAAACGUACAGCGUAGGGGUGGAUAAGACCAAAUCGGAGGCAUUUAUUACCAUUGUAUCUUAUAGUACUUUGAGCAGUGAGGUGCGAUUGUUGGAUGCGAAUACGCCAAAUGGAGCGUUUAAGGUGUUCCAUGAGCGUGAGAAGAACUUUUUGUAUGAUGUGGAGCAUUUUAAGGAUAAGUUUUUUGUGCGCACCAAUUGGGAUGCGCUCAAUUUUAGGUUGAUGGAGACGCCAAACCUGAGCGAAACAGCUAAAACAAGCUGGAAAGAGGUGAUUCCGCAUAGCAAAGAUGUCUUAAUACAAGGCAUGGAUGUGUUUUCAGAUUAUAUGGUGUUGAGCGAGCGCGUGAGUGGACUUACGCAGCUGAAGUUCAUACGUCAUGAUGACAAAAAGACCAACUAUGUACCUUUUGAGGAACAGGCAUAUGUGGUAUAUCCGGGUUUUAAUCCGGAGUUUAAUACCCAAACCAUCCGUUUUAGCUAUCAGAGUAUGACUACGCCACCUAGUAUUUUUGAGAUAAAUAUGGCUACCGGCGAGCGUAAAUUGCUGAAAGAACAGCAGGUUUUAGGCACUUUCAAUAAAAGUGAUUAUGCCACGGAGCGUGUGCAGGUGAAAGCCGCGGAUGGCACGUUGGUACCGAUGAGUAUCGUGUAUAAAAAAGGAUUCAGGAAAGAUGGCACUAAGCCCGUAUUGCUGUAUGGUUAUGGUUCGUAUGGCAAUAGUAUGGAGCCAUCGUUUAGCAGCGCGCGUUUGAGUCUGUUGGAUAGAGGAUUUGCCUUUGCGAUAGCCCACAUACGCGGUGGUCAGGAAAUGGGCAGACAGUGGUAUGAAGACGGCAAAAUGUUCAAAAAAAUAAACACAUUUACCGAUUUUGUAAGCUGUGGGGAGUGGUUGGUCGCCAAUAAAUAUACUUCAUCGAAGCAUCUGUAUGCCAAUGGCGGCAGCGCCGGCGGUUUGCUGAUGGGCGCUGUUAUCAACCUCAAUCCUACGCUUUGGAAUGGUGUUAUCGCCGCAGUGCCUUUCGUGGAUGUGGUGACUACGAUGUUGGAUGAAAGUAUUCCGUUGACCACCAGCGAAUUUGACGAGUGGGGUAAUCCGAAAAAUGCCGACUCAUACCAUUACAUGAAGAGCUACUCGCCUUACGAUAAUAUCAAGGCAGUUUCAUAUCCCAAUAUGCUGAUAACCACUGGUUUACAUGAUAGUCAGGUGCAGUAUUUCGAGCCUGCAAAAUGGGUCGCCAAGCUUCGCGAACUCAAAACCGGUGAUAACAAGUUGUAUCUAUACACCAAUAUGAACACCGGUCACGGCGGCUCUAGCGGACGCUUCAAACGCUUGAAGGAAGUGGCGCGUGAUUAUGCUUUUUUCUUGGAUUUGGAAGGGAUAAAAGAGUGA